GCUAGUCAGGCGCUUCUUCCACAUCCAGCAGCCACAGCUGCAUCCCAUGCCCGCAGCCUCUCCGGGAUAGAGCGCCAUCGAUCAAGCAGCGUCCGUGCGUCCAUCAGGCUGGAGGUCCGCAGCGGUCGGCCGAACAUGCUGGAAAACGGGAGGAAGGUGUACAAGGAGGGUCUGCUGGAGAAGCGGAGCGACGGGCUGCUGCAGCUUUGGAAGAAGAAGCACUGCGUCCUGACCGAGGACGGCGUGCUGCUGCUGCCGCCCAAGCAGCACGAUCACCAGCAGCAGCACGGCGGCGGCGGGGACACGGGCAAAGUCAAGGAGCUUCACUUCGCCAACAUGAAGACGGUGGACUGCGUGGAGCGGAAAGGCAAGUACGUCUACUUCACCGUUGUCAUGACGGAGGGGAAGGAGAUCGACUUCAGGUGCCCGCAGGACGAGGGCUGGAACGCGGAGAUCACCUUGCAGAUGGUCCAGUACAAGAACCGGCAGGCGAUCCUGGCCGUCAAGUCCACCCGGCAGAAGCAGCAGCUGCUCGUCGUGCAGAUGCCCGGGCAGAAGACCGUCCGGAGCUCCCCGAGCGUGGCGUGACCCGCGGGGAGCCCCGCUCACACCGGCGCGCCUUCAGCGGUGAAUCUGACACUCAGCCGAGGAAGACAAUGAACCCGGGCUUCAUCUCCCCCUGCUGCUGCUUCACCAAGCUCCAUUCUCCAGGAGAACUGAACACCCCACACCCCAAAUCAUGAUGUGGUCUCCACACACCAGCCCUCCCCGGCCCCCCACUCCUCUUUUCAGUACAGAGACUUGCUUCACAAAAGACUGAUGGACUAAAAGCAUAGAAGCUGGUCAGAGUGGAUGGAAAGAUGGAAGCAUAAAGCAACCCUGGAAGAAAAGCUGACUUUUAGACAACAAGCCAACAAAGGAAAAACUUCCCCUGCCUCGUGUUUCAGCUCCGCUCAACGACCGAAACAAAAACGUCUCAAAAGGACGAAGAGCGCUGCUGAGUUUAAAUCAGGGUCGCCCCCAAACGCCGCGAUGUUCUGCUGCACCCAGAAGAGCGCCGCCUGCUGGUCCAGGAUCCCGUAAUUCCCCGUAGCGGAGGACAGAGGAUCUUUACCCGACACCAGGAAUCCAAAUGCCCCUUCCACCAGAGACCAGUUCGCAUCGUCAGCAAAAAAA